AACUGGCACAAGGGCUGGAACUGGACCUCAGGGUCUAAUGAGUGCCCGGUGAAGGCUGCCUGCCACCGCUUUGAUUUCUACUUCCCCACGCCUGCUGCUCUGUGCAAUGAAAUCUGGAGUCACUCCUACAAAGUCAGCAACUACAGCCGAGGCAGUGGCCGCUGCAUCCAGAUGUGGUUUGACCCGGCACAGGGCAACCCCAACGAGGAGGUGGCCAGGUUCUAUGCUGAGACCAUGAAUGGAGCUGGGCUCUAUGGGGCCUGGCCUCUCCUGCUUGGUCUGGCCCUAAUGCUGCUCCUGCUGCUCAGCUGAGCUCCUUUUACCUUCUGAUACCUGGUCAUCCCCAUGCAGUUAAGCCCCAUGGCUCAGCCCCCAUGGUCGGAGCUCUGUCCAACAGUUUGAAUAAACUAGUUACCCCGCA